AUGCCAGCGUGUGCAGCGCCGCCCGAAGUUGAGGCAAUCUUGCUGUCGAUGGGGUACCCCGAGAUCCGAUCCUGCACCAAGCACAAGGUGAGUUUCCAUGCGACAUACUUCUUGGACUUUGCUGGCCCGCUUCCUUCGGGCGCAGAGGGACGCGCUGUUCUUCAGCUGAUCGGUUCGGAGCUGGGCGACAAAGGGCUCUUCCACUUGCAAAAGCCCAUCAGCGCGGAGUCCAUAUCGCGCGCGACCGCCUUGGCCCAGGAAGCCGGCAUUCGUGCGCCGCAUGUCCUGGCCAGUGGAAAGGUGGAGUCCUGGGGACCGCUGUCCGACGUGCCUUUCCUCGUGUACGAGUUUGUGAACACAGCGACGGUGGAGGACCAUCGAGUUGCCCCGAGGGAGGAUUUGCGGGUGGCCAUACUCGACGUGCGGGAGAAGCUGGGAUCGCUCAACCUGUCGGGCAUCGACACGGAGCCUCUGCCCCGUUUCGAGGAUUGCUAUGCUUUCACGGCCUACCUGCAGCAACUCGCCGAGCAAAUGCAGGCACGGGAACUGGCUGAGGGCCUGGUAAAGAUGGACCAGGCCCUGCGCGAUGCAGGCAUCGAGCCAAUACCGCCCACGCUCAUCCACCAGGAUCUGAAUGAUGGGAACGUCCUCUGCUCCCCUGAUAGCAGCGGGCGCUGGAAGUUCGAUGCCCUCAUCGACUGGGAAGGUGCUGUGGUAGGUGAUGCACGCGUGGCGUACGAGCACGGAGAACCCUGGAAUUCCCUGGGCAAGCUGGCGAGAGUUGUGAAGAUCCGGUGGCUGAUGGCAGCCUGGUCGGGCGCACUCCCGGGUGCCCAGCUGCCUCGCUGCUGUGCAGAGGAGUUGGUGGAGGACUACGAUGCCCUGACUGCCAGCCUGGUCCGCAGCGGCUGGCUGCCCUUCUCCCUUCUGCCCUUCAAGCCGGUGCUACUGCCAGUGGUCUUCAGAUAUGCUCGUGGCAUGUCUGUGGAGCACUGGAUGUAUUCAGACAGAUAUGGUCGGGAUGAGGAUGGUGCGGGUGGUGGCAAAGGCCUCACUAACUUCAUGGACAGCACGUUCCCAGAGUUCCAGCGCCAUGAAUCGGCGGCAGAUCUGAAGCAGUGGUUUGCCUCAGAUGCGCCUCGGAUCCUGGUGGUCGGCCCCUCAUCCAGCAGCCGGGCCGCCAAGGCCGUGGACUUCAUGCCGGUGCUGCGGUUGGCGCACGUCUGGGAGGAGUUCUUUAGCUUCGCAUCCGCCGAUGCCAAACUCGUUGCCGAGACCCUGGGCUCCGAGUACGCGCUUGAGCGGGGUCAGACGUGGGCCUUGUUGCUGCGGAGUGGAGGCGACGUCAGCAGGACCCAGGUCCGAAAUGUGAGGGACAUGGCGCCCCUCAUCCAGGACUUUAUCUCCGAGCACAUCCCGCGACAAGCGCCGAUUGGGACAGAGCGCAACUUUCAGCAGUUGUGCGGAGACAGAGCGCUGAGUCAGGGGACGAGCAGGACGUACUGCUUGCUCCUGGUGGACAGGAAUGCAGAUCAGACUGCGAAAGCUCUUCGGGAACUUGAAUCCUCGCAGAAGGCCUACUACCAGGAGGUUCAAGAGAUCCGAAAUGCUGGGGAGGAUGCCGAGGAGCCAUUCCGGAUCCAACCAGUCCGCGUUGCCUCGAGCGGCUCCCGCUUUCCCUGGAGUCCCGCCGGGCCUGGGCCCAGUUUCCCCGCCGUUUGGGCGGAGGCCUCGCAGGCGUGGGCCGUUGUCCUUGACAUGGAAACGCGGAAGUUCGCUGCCGUGAAGACGCCCAGCCUGAAUGAGCUUUUUCAGAGCAUCGCCUACGAGGACUUGAAGCUGUCAGAGCUCAACGAGGAUGGGCCUCCUCUUUCGCGGCUGUUCUCCGACCCGGAGACCACACUGCGUCGUGAAGUUAGUGCCAUCCUCUCGACCAGCCUUGGUGCAUGCGUCGCAUACUUGCUGGUGGCCAUCGUCGUUUCGAUUUCUCCAGCUUUGCAGCCAGCAGCAUGCUGCCUCUUUGCAGGAAGCCUUCUCCCCUGGCUGGGACCCGACAAGAAAGCUGCCUGCAGCGAGCAGCAAGGCUGUUCGCGCCUGGCUGGCUGGCUGCGCGAGAAGGGUGGGCGCUGGGAAGACCGUCUCCACAUCGAGCAGAUUUCCGGUCGAGGCCAUGGCGUUGUUGCCUCAGGCACCAUUCCUGCCGGGCAAACUUUGGUUGAGAUUCCCUGGGCGUUGAUCUUGAGCAGCAAGCUGGCCAGAGAGGACUCUGAUGUGAAAAGUAUGCUUCGCGACUUGGCAUGGACAGACGAUUGCAGCGACAGUUCGGCCAUUCGGCUCUGGCUCCUGCGGCAUGCGGAGGAUGCCCAGUCGCCGUGGCGGACUUGGCUCAGCCAGCUGCCACAAGACGCCGGUGCCGGUGCAAGCUGCCUGCCGAUCGUCCUGGCGCAGGCGGGCUGCAACGCCUUGCGCGGGACUCCCCUGCAAAGGAGGGCGGACCUCCUCUUGCAGAGUGUGAGAGAAGAGUGGGCUGCACUGGAGCCACUUAGAGCAAGGCAUCCCUGGCUUGCGUCCUACCAGCGGUGGCUCUGGUGCCAAGCGAUCGUUUCGACAAGAUCUGGCACGCUGCCCAUGGAAGGCACCGAGAAGGCGGUGCAUUGCAUCAUUCCCGUGCUUGACUUCUUGAAUCACAGUGCAGAGCCGAAUGCCUGCAUCGUCGGAAACCCUACAUGUGCGAAGCUCGUUUCGACGGAAGUCAUCAAAGCUGGCCAGGAGGUGCUGAUUUCUUACGGCGGACACAGCGCUGAGCAGUUUCUCUUCGCGUUUGGCUUCUUGCCUGAGGGGUCGGUCGCAGAUGUCGCCGUGCCGCUGGCUUUGACGGAGGCAUCGGCCAGGAAGCGCUCGGAGCUGCUCGGCGCCGGACAAGUGCCGUGCCUCCGCGACGAGAACGCGCUGGAGAAGCUGCUGGGAGUGCUGGCCGAGGAGCCAGAGUUUCAGGGCUGCUCACGAUGGAGGCUGCUUGAGUACCUGCUGGCUCUCUUUAAGGCUUGGCACCGUGAGCUUGCGCCGCCCCUCUUUACGUUCUGGAGGUAUCCAGAAGCAGAGAGCCUUCGAUGCUGCUACGCGGCAGCCGUAAUGAGGAACCUCCAGGCCGUGCAAGCUGAGCUCUCGAGUCAGCCAGCUAGUGGGAAGGAGGGCCUCUCAUGA